GAGGAAAAUGUCGCGAGCAUUGCGCUUGGACAAGACCUUGUGGUUGCGCCGGUCCAGAAGCUGGGGUGGGCCCGGCUGCUAUCGCCCGGCUUUUGAGCCUUUGAGUCAUGGGUCGCGAAGCUUCCACCACAAAAGCCGCCCCAUUGCCCCGCUAUCUAAUUCCGUACUCGAGAACUUUCGAGUAGCCACCGCGUUCUCAACACACAACCCCUUGAUCUUUUACCCCGCCUUGGUCAGCGUGCACCUACAGAUCGCGUCAGCUUCCAUCAACGGCGGCCAUCAAUUCUAUUCUCGAUUUUCAACCCUGCCCAGCAUGGCCGAAGUCAAGUGGACUGGGCCCCUCGUCCGCAAGACCUUCCUCGACUACUUCGCGGAGAGGGGCCAUUCGAUCGUGCCCUCAUCGUCGGUCGUCCCUCACAAUGAUCCCACAUUGCUCUUCACGAAUGCGGGCAUGAACCAGUUCAAGCCAAUUUUCCUGGGGACAAUCGGCAAGACUGAGCCUAUGGCCCAGUUGAAGCGUGCGGUCGACACACAGAAGUGCAUCCGCGCCGGUGGCAAACACAAUGAUCUCGACGACGUUGGCAAGGACAGCUACCACCACACAUUCUUCGAAAUGUUGGGGAAUUGGUCCUUCGGCGACUACUUCAAGAAGGAGGCAAUUCAAUGGUCAUGGGAACUUCUCACCAAGGUUUACGGCCUGGACCCCAACCGACUUUACGUCACAUACUUCGAAGGCAACCCUGACAUGGGUCUCGAGCCGGACCUCGAGGCGAAGCAGUUGUGGCUCGAAGUGGGCGUCCCCGAGGACCAUAUCCUGCCGGGCAACAUGAAGGACAACUUCUGGGAGAUGGGCGACCAAGGGCCUUGCGGUCCUUGCAGCGAGAUUCACUACGACAAGGUUGGGGGGCGGAACGCCGCGCAUCUUGUCAACCAGGAUGACCCGUUGGUGGUAGAGGUCUGGAACAACGUCUUCAUGCAGUUCGAUCGCCAGAAGGACAAGUCGCUCAAGCCAUUGCCCGCGAAACACAUCGAUACCGGCAUGGGGUUCGAGCGUCUUGUGUCUGCUCUCCAGGACAAGACGUCCAAUUACGCCACUGAUAUUUUCACCCCACUCUUCACCAGGAUACAGGAGGUGACGGGCGCUCGGCCCUAUACUGACAAGUACGGAAAGGACGACGUUGAUGGAAUCGAUACCGCCUACCGUGUGGCUGCCGAUCAUAUUCGUCUCCUCGCGUUUGCGAUCGCUGAUGGCGCUGUCCCCAACAACAUUGGUCGGGGCUAUGUUGUCAGGCGUGUGCUCCGGAGAGGCGUGCGGUAUGCCAGGAAAUACUUCCAGGCCGAGAUUGGCUCCUUCUUCUCAAGCAUUCUGCCGGCGCUUGUCGAACAAAUGGGCGAGCAGUUCCCGGAGUUGAAGAAAAAGCAAGAGGACAUUAAGGAGAUCCUGGACGAGGAGGAAGUGGCAUUUGCCGUCACGCUGGACAGGGGCGAGAAGCAGUUUGAGAAGUAUGCAGCGCUUGCGGUAAAAGCCGAGAGUAACAAGCUCUCCGGCGCUGAUGUCUGGCGGCUGUACGACACUUUUGGGUUCCCUGAGGAUCUUACAAAGCUGAUGGCGGAGGAGCGUGGCCUCACUAUUGACGAGGCUGAGGUUGAAAUUGCUCGGGAGAAGGCGAGAGAGGCUAGCAAGGCUGUCAAGGAAGCAGUUCAGACUUUCCCCAAGCUCAACGUGCACCAAAUUGCCGAGUUGGAGACCACCAUCCAGCUGCCUCGGCCAGAUUCCGACGCCAAGUACCAGAAGGGUGACACUACGGGCAAGGUUCAGUUGGUCUUCACGGGCAGCGAGUUCCGCACAACCAGCAAGGAGCUCCCGCCCAAGACUCCUCUCGGUCUGCUGCUCGACAGGACGAAUUUCUAUGCCGAGUCUGGUGGUCAAGUCGCAGAUACCGGCAGGAUCAUUAUCGAUGGCGUCGCCGAGUUCAAGGUGCUCGACGUCCAAGAGUACGGCGGCUACAUCGUGCACAACGGAUACCUUGAGUAUGGAGAGCUCACUGCCGGAGAUGAAGUCAUCUGCGAAUAUGACGAACUGCGGCGUCAGCCCAUCCGGAACAACCACACGGGCACACAUAUUCUCAACCAUGCGCUGAGGGAGGUGCUAGGAGAGGAUGUCCACCAGAAGGGGUCGCUGGUCGACCAGGAGAAGUUGCGCUUUGACUUCAGCCACAAGAGCCAAGUUACAUUGGAGGAGAUCAAGAAGAUCGAGGAAAUGUCGAAUGAGGAUAUUCGGAGGGAUCUGAAGACCUACGCCAAGGAUGUCGACCUGGAUUUCGCGCGCGAGAUCAAUGGUGUCCGCGCCGUGUUUGGCGAGACAUACCCCAACCCUGUACGUGUCGUGUCGAUCGGCGUGGACGUUGACGAGCUCCUCAAGAACCCCAAGAACCCCGAGUGGCGCAAGGUCAGCGUCGAGUUCUGCGGCGGUACCCACGUCGAGUCGACUGGUCUGAUUAAGGACCUGAUCAUCGUUGAAGAGAGCGGUAUCGCCAAGGGCAUCCGGCGUAUCGUCGCCUACACGGGCGACGGUGCGCAUCAGGCCCAGCGGGACGCCAAGGUCUUCAGCGAAAAGCUUGACCACAUCCAGGCACUCGAGUUCGGCCCGCAAAAGGCUGCCGAGAUCAAGGCCGCCGCGGUCGAGCUUGAUGCCCUUACCAUCUCUGCCCUGACCAAGGAGGAGUUGCGGCAGCGGUUCACCAAGAUCCAGAAGGAGGUUGUCGACGAGCAAAAGAAGCGCCAGAAGGCCGAGAGCAAAACGGCACUCGACACCGUGCAGGGUCACUUCGCCAAGGAGGAGAACAAGGACUCCAAGUUCUUCGUCGGCCACCUCCCCAUCUCGGCGAAUGCCAAGGCCAUCGCCGAUGUCAUGACCUACUACAAGUCCAAGGACAAGGAGAGGACCGUGUAUGUGUUUGCAGGCAGCAAGGACGACGCGGUUAUGCACGGUGUCUAUGUUGGCACGCACCUCUCGUCCAAGGGCAUCACGGCCGAGCAGUGGACCGCUGCUGUGACAGAGGUCAUUGGCGGCAAGACCGGCGGCAAGGAGCCGAGCCGGCAGGGUGCUGGCGCCGAGCCUGCGAAACUCGACGAGGCUGUGGCCAAGGCGGAGCAAUGGCUGGUCGAAAAGUUGAAGGAGCUCAAUAUCUGAUUCUCUGACGAGCGGGCGGAAAGGGGUAAUGUGGUUAUGUCGCUGUGGCGGCUUCAACUGGUUAUGUGGGCGGGGCGGACCAUAUAUCCUAUGUUGCAGAUCUCAUGAUAACCUGGCCUUUUUUAGUUUCAGGGGAUAUAGUCCGGUGAAAUAUCAUAGAAUUUGGAGCAAUCCUGGAGUGACUGUACGUGUCCUCGCCUAAGACAGAAGCUGUUAAGACAAUCCGACGGGCUGGCGGCAUUGCAUU